GAAGGCGGAAGUGUGUGUGCUGGGGCCGGGGAAGCAGAGCUGAGGUGUCGCUCUUGCGCCGCCGGCUCUUCCGGGUCUGGGCGGCAGAGCGAGCGCAGGACCAUGGCCGGGAGGCGGCCGCGCGGCCUGGCGGGGUCUGGAGGGUGAGCCGCGCGCCCCCGCCCCGGCCGUCAGGAUGACGGCGGCCGCCGCCUCCAACUGGGGGCUGGUGACGAACGUGGUGAACAGCAUCGUGGGCGUCAGCGUGCUCACCAUGCCCUUCUGCUUCAAGCAGUGUGGCAUUGUGCUGGGUGCCCUGCUCUUGGUCUUCUGCUCCUGGAUGACGCAUCAGUCAUGUAUGUUCUUGGUGAAGUCUGCCAGCCUGAGCAAACGGAGAACCUACGCCGGCCUAGCAUUCCACGCCUAUGGAAAAGCUGGGAAGAUGCUGGUGGAGACCAGCAUGAUUGGGUUAAUGCUGGGAACGUGCAUUGCCUUCUAUGUGGUGAUUGGUGACCUGGGGUCUAACUUCUUCGCUCGGCUCUUUGGGUUUCAGGUGACUGGCACCUUCCGUGUGUUCCUGCUCUUCGUGGUGUCUCUGUGCAUUGUACUCCCGCUCAGCCUGCAGAGAAACAUGAUGGCCUCCAUUCAGUCCUUCAGUGCCAUGGCCCUCAUCUUUUACACCGUCUUCAUGUUUGUGAUCGUGCUGUCCUCCCUCAAGCAUGGCCUCUUUGGUGGGCAGUGGCUGCGGCGGGUCAGCUAUGUCCGCUGGGAGGGCGUCUUCCGCUGCAUCCCCAUCUUUGGCAUGUCCUUCGCUUGUCAGUCCCAGGUCCUGCCCACCUAUGACAGCCUGGAUGAGCCGUCAGUGAAGACCAUGAGUUCCAUAUUUGCCUCCUCCCUCAACGUGGUCACCACCUUCUACGUCAUGGUGGGGUUUUUUGGUUACGUCAGCUUCACUGAGGCCACUGCAGGCAACGUGUUGAUGCACUUUCCCUCCAACCUGGUGACAGAGAUGAUCCGCGUGGGCUUCGUGAUGUCAGUGGCUGUGGGCUUCCCCAUGAUGAUCCUGCCAUGCAGGCAGGCCUUGAACACGCUGCUUUUUGAGCAGCAGCAAAAAGAUGGGACCUUUGCUGCUGGAGGCUACAUGCCUCCUCUCCGGUUUAAAGCACUCACCCUCUCGGUUGUGUUUGGAACCAUGGUUGGUGGCAUCAUGAUCCCCAAUGUGGAGACUGUCUUGGGUCUCACCGGGGCGACGAUGGGGAGCCUCAUCUGCUUCAUCUGCCCAGCUCUGAUCUACAGGAAGGCCCACAAGAAUGCCCUUUCCUCGCAGGUGGUGCUAUGGGUCGGCCUGGGUGUCCUGGUGGUCAGCACACUCACCACCCUGUCCGUGAGCGAGGAGGCCCCUGUGGACUUGGCAAAGGAAGCUCCUGGUGGCCGGCGUGGGGAGGUCGAGGGAGCUAGGAAGGCGGAGGUGGCCCGACUCUCAGUCCAGGAUCCUGUGGUGAACAUGGCUGAGGAUGGUCGGGAGAAGCCAAAGCUGUCCGAGCAGAAAGAGGACCUGGAGCAGGCCCAGAUUAAAGGCCCCGUGAAUGUCCCAGGCGGGGAAGAUGCCAAGGAGAAGCAAGAGGCCGCACAGCUUGAUCGCCCCGGUCAAGGCAUUGCUGUCCCCAUGGGUGAGGCCCACCGCCAUGAGCCUCCUGUGCCUCAUGACAAGGUGGUGGUGGACGAACGUCAAGACCGUGAAGGGCCAGGAGAGAACAAGUCGCCUUCCAGACGCAUAGACGGAGGGACUCCUGAGGACAAGGGGCAGGUGGUGCUGCCUCUGCCUGAGUCAGAGAGAGAGAGGAGGGAGCCAGAGAGGGGAGAGACAGGGAGAAGACCUGAACAGGCUCAGGUCCUGGAGGAAGCAGUUGGUCUUCCUGAAAGUCCCCAGAAGCUUCCAGAAGCAAAUGACCAGCCAGGUAUCCAGCCUGGGAAGGAUGACCAUGGCCCAGGCAACAGAGAUCUCCAUCCGGGGCCCCAGGCUGCAAUCUCUGCAGAGCAGAACAUCCUGGCUGCAGGUGGAGGGCAGCCUGCACGCGGUGCUGCUGGGAACACGGGGAAGCCUGCAGACAGUGGCCCUGGUGGGAAGGCAGCCCUCCCGGCACAGAGGCCAGCUCCUGGGGCUGGGCUGCAGCCAGAGCCUCGAGAGCAGAGGGACACAGAACACCCAGGUGGAGACCAAGCGGGCAGCAAGCUAGAGGAGACUUUUCACAGUUUCCUAUUCUGCCUUUCUUCCGUAUGCCUCUCAACGGGACGAACAGCUGAAAUUAAAAAGAUAGUAGCAGAAGCCGGCAGGGCAGAGAUGCUGGACCACGCUGUCCUGCUGCAGGUGAUCAAAGAGCAGCAGGUGCAGCAGAAGCGCCUGCUGGACCAGCAGGAGAAGCUGCUGGCUGUGAUUGAGGAGCAGCACAAGGAGAUCCACCAGCAGAGGCAGGAGGAUGAGGACAAGUCCAGGCCAGAAGACGUGCAGCCAGAGGCUGGAGUGGGUGUGCCCAGAGGUCAGGAAAAGGAAGCCCAAGACGGGCCUGCUGGGGAGAUGGAGAAUGCCCCUCCACAGCCCUUGAAACCACUCGGAGCUCCAGGGGAUCGCGCAGCUCCACCCCAAGAGCUGGGCCAGCACUCCCUAGGGGAACCUGAGGGGGCAAUGGGCAGAGAUCCAGCUGGUCCUCCUGGUGGAGGCUCUGACACAGAGCCUCAGGCAGCUCAGGCCAAGCUGAGAGAAGAACAGAAAGAGGCUGUGCCCGAGGUGCCCCAGGCCGCUAAAGACCCUGAGAUGGCCCAGGACAUGGAGCCAGCACCUAAGCCACACCCUGCUGGGGCACCUGGGAGCCCAGAAAAGCGUCUUACUGAGGAGGUCCUCAGGCAGAGCCAGGACAUCUUUGUCGGAGGUUCCCAAGAAAGGAAGAAAACUGGACAGGAAGUAGCAGCCACUGGGGCUGACAUACAGGAGGAGGCUGCCCAGCCCAUGGUAGGGGCAGUUGCAGAGGCUGGGGACCUUCAUGUGAAGUCCAGGCAGUCGAGCCGAGACCUGCGACCUGCCGCAGACCCUUCUGGCAGGCCAGCAGGAGUUGACCCUCAGCCCCAAGCCAUGCUGGGUCAGAAGGAACCCUGGGCCAUCUCUGAUGGAGGCCAAGGUGGUCACCUGGAAGCAAGAAAGGAGCCCCCUGGUGGGGACCUUGCACCUGCUCCUCAUGAGCAGUUGAGAGCUGGGGAAGACAUUGUAGUCCAAGAGCCCAAGCAGAGGCCAGACCCUGAGCCCGGCCCCAGAGUAGCUGCCCCUGGGGCUGAGAAGCCAGACAACGCCAAACCCAACCGAGACCUGAAACUGCAAGCUGGGUCUGACCUUCGCAGGAGGCGACGGGAUCUUGCCUCUCAUCCAGAGGAGCCAGCCCCAAAGGAUGGGGUCAUCAUCAGCUUUAACCCCCUCCCUGAUGUCCAGGUGAAUGAUCUUCGCAGUGCCCUGGACGCCCAGCUCCGCCAGGCAGCAGGGGCUGCGCUGCAGGUGGUUCACAGCCGGCAGAUUAAACAGGUUCCUGGGGCUCUGGAGGAGGCCGGAGCAUCUGCUAACCCCCGUGGCAGCUAGUGUCCAGCCACGUCCCUGAUAAGUCUGGAGGUCACACUUGCUUCUUCCCAGAUAUUCCUCUGAGGCCCUCAGUAAACGCCAAGAAAGCCUGAAGGGUCGUGUUGUCUAUGGCUUUGUCUCCUCCCUGGCAUUCCCCUGCUUACUCUGAGGAAGAGGUUCUCUGACUGGCACUGCCAUGUUCAAUCCAGCCUCGUCCCUGAGGGGCAGGCACUCCGAUGUUGCCAGCAGCUCUAGUCCAGUUCAGCCUCCGUGACACCCAUGUUGCACCACAGCCUGUGCUUCCAGGUGGGCCUGCCGGGUCUGCCAGGGGCUCCUCCGUGAGCACGCUGAGGCCUCCCACUUGCAGGCCAAGUGCUUGGUGUGAGGCACAGGGGUGGGUGAGCCUCUGAGAUACAGGGUGUGUGUUGCCCUAAGCUUCCUGUCAGUUCUCCACAUACUUCAUGGUCUAUUCUUUGAAAUUAAUGAUAUUUUUAAAAAAUAAAACCACCUCUGGUAACUAAAGA